AUGGUUCAUAUCUUGAAAAAUCCUGACGGAACCGUCAACUUUGAUGCUGUCAAGAAGGAGACUGACUUUCUCAAAGGAAAAUACGCUCAGAAUGCGGAAAACGCAAAGAAGAACGCUGCUCAACAAGCGACGCUCGAGAAGCCGUCUGCAAACAGUCACGCGCCUCGAGCUCCCUUCGCUAGGCAAGGCGACAUUGUACCUCCUAAGGCUGAGGGUCCACAGUAG